CGCAACUGAGUGCGGGACGGAUAACGGAGCAAGCAGUAUAAACUUUAUCAAUCUAAGAGUGAGGAGCCUGGAGAGUAGUUCCUGGAUAAUUAAGAUUAAAAACAUUAUUUAACCGCGGAGAAACUUGAUCACAGCAUGGUCAGCAUGGAGACCGGCCUUAGGCACGAGCAUAUGGGUUCUAGGUUGGAUUUACUUGGUCGAAAUAUUAACAAUAUCGUUGGUAAUCUCUGGCAGAGACAGGAGACAGAGCAGGGUUCAGGAUCUAGCAAUGGAAACUUGAGUCCUAGAAGUGGAGGUUCUGGUCCUGGAAGCCCUGAGGACGGGGUGAAAGGUGAGGACGGGAUAAGGGAGGAUAGUAUGAGAGAGGACCGUGAGGACAGGGAUGAGAUGAAACCAAGUAUUGGGAUCCGCUCCGACCUUCUUCCUCUUCACCCUGGGCUUCAUGAUAUAUCUGGUCUACCAGCCCUUGAAGCACUACGGAGACAAGCAGGACACAAUCCCUUCCUUAGCUCCUUGAGUCCUCAUGGGCUGAGUAUGCCCGCGAAGCGUCCUUCUCAGCCACCAACACCUCAGAGUUCACAUAGUGGAGGAGAUCCGUCAUCAGCUUGGAGCUUUGAAGAACAGUUUAAACAGCUUUACGAAAUCGACGAUAAUCCUAAGCGUAAAGAAUUUCUGGACGAUUGCUUCGCUUUUAUGCAAAAAAGAGGAUCUCCCAUCAAUCGUCUCCCCAUCAUGGCCAAGCAGGUGUUGGACCUGUACGAGCUGUACAACCUGGUGGUGGCCCGGGGAGGUCUGGUGGAGGUUAUCAACAAGAAACAGUGGCAGGAGAUUAUCAAGGGUUUAGGUUUACCCUCAUCCAUAACCUCGGCAGCCUUCACACUCAGAACACAGUACACUAAGUAUCUUUAUCCUCUGGAGAUGCAUCAACAUAAUUUCUCUAAUAACUCCGACCUCCAGUGUGCUAUUGACGGGAAUAAAAGAGAAGGACGGAGACUCGCACCUUACGAUAUGCCCAUGGGACAUUCUUCUCCCCUUGGUCCUCAUCGUCUUCCCCACUCCCCUACCCAGUCCCCUCCACAUCAUCAACAACAACAACAUAAUGAUCAUCUGGCUCAGAUAGAGAUGACACGCCUUGCUCUUUGGAAGUUGUACAGUCAGGGCGGAGCACCUCCUCCGCCUCCCCAGAUGAUGCCCCUCCCCCCUCUUGAUCUAGAUAUGAGGCGGAGAGAGCAUGAGAGGAUGAUGGAGGAACAGAAGGAACACAUCUUGAGGGCGGAGGAUGAACGGCGGAAGGAGGAGGCAAGGCGGAGGAUAACAGAGAGCGCAGAGGACGAACCGGCGGAGAAAAGGAUUCGAGUUACAGAGGAAGAAGAGGAGGAGGAGGAAGAGGAAGAGAUAGAACAUGAAGAACCUGAACUUGAGGUUACAAGGAAGCCUAGAGCAAGUACGAACAUCAGUGUAAGCCAAGGAUCUGGUUCUGAAGACGGGAAGAGCAUGAAAAUCUCGAUGGAAGUGAACGGUAUCUUGUACUCGGGUGUUCUUUACGCCAAGCAAAGUUGAACAUUGCCAAAGUAUGUUUUAGAACUUUUAUAUUCUAAGUCUCAAUAUGUGUAUAAUGUUUAUAGAUAGAAAUUUAGUGUGUUUAAUAAUUAUACUUGUAUUCUAACCCCUCUUACCUCAAUAAAUUUUGAAUCUC